GGGCGUGGCUCUGCACUUAAAUUCACUCUCAUGUUCUACAGCCUGACAGUGAGCCGUUCUCCAGCAAACAGUUGGACUUCAGUUCACAGAAGAGCACGAUGGAUCUUUCAGAUGCUCUUGGUGACUGGCCCUCUGGCGGCAACAACCAAUCAGGAGGUCCUUGGCCUGCCAACCCCAACUGGCCAGGUCAGCCAGCAACCAACCCCACCUGGCCUGGUGGGCAACCUGCCCCCAACCCCACCUGGCCUGGUGGGCAGCCUGCCCCCAACCCCACCUGGCCUGGUGGGCAACCUGCCCCCAACCCCACCUGGCCUGGUGGGCAACCUGCCCCCAACCCGAUGUGGCCUGGUGGUCAACCUGCCUCCAACCCCGCCUGGCCUGGAGGCCAAUCCGGAGGCAAUAAUAUGUGGCCAGGAGGGAACCCAAGUCAACCCACUGCACCCGGUGGAUUCCCAAGUGGUCCUGGUUCAAAUGGACCUGGACCAGCUAUACCAGCCGCACCCUACAAGAAUCUUGCUGUUCCCUAUGAAGAGAGACUGCCAAUGGGAAUAUAUGAUAAACUACUGAUCACCAUCAGGGGAACCGUAAAACCCAAUGCUGAGAAGUUCGCGGUGAACUUGUCUGCAGGCAAUGAUAUUGCCUUUCACUUUAAUCCUCGCUUCAAUGAAGCCGGAAGAAAGGCUCUUGUCAGGAACUCACUCAUCGGCGAGAAGUGGGGGAAAGAGGAGAGGAAUGUGAAUCAGUUUCCCUUUGUCCUGGGUCAGCCGUUUGAGAUGAAGAUAUUGUGCACCAACACAGAGUUCAAGGUGGCUGUUAACAAUUCCCACGUUCUUGAAUACAAACAUCGGCUAACCAACCUGAGAUCCAUCAACAAACUUGGCAUCCUCUUUGAUCUCACCCUUUCAGAUGUUUGUGUUGAGAACAUCUGAGAAGUCUUUGACAUUACUGGAGAUGUACUAUUAAAACAAACAAGCAAAACACCUUUGGAGGUCAACUGCAAAUCUAUUUGAGAUAUACUGUGGCUCUGUUGGAAAUCUAAAAAGAAUCUUAAAAGAAUAACAUUUCCCUUAUCCUACAGAGAACAGUCACAAAUUCAUGAAAACCAAUUUUAGAACAGCUAAGAAUCUUUCAUGGGUCUAAGAUCUACCAGAUCUUUUUAAAA